AGAAGAAAACACUUUCGUCCUCUACCAAUAUUUGUUUUCGAUUUCUCUCACUAAUCACUCUCAACAUGUCAGGGACUUUAUCAUGCUCUGCCACCGAUCUGGCCGUCUUGCUAGGCCCUAAUGCCACGGCGGCUGCUGAUUACAUAUGUGGCCAACUUGGCACCGUGAACAGCAAAUUCACCGACGUCGCUUUUGCCGUAGACAACACGUAUCUCCUCUUCUCAGCCUACCUCGUCUUCUCUAUGCAACUUGGCUUCGCUAUGCUCUGCGCCGGCUCGGUUAGAGCCAAGAACACGAUGAACAUCAUGCUGACAAACGUCCUUGAUGCUGCAGCCGGAGGUCUCUUUUAUUAUCUAUUCGGUUACGCUUUUGCGUUCGGAUCUCCCUCAAACGGUUUCAUCGGUAAACAAAACUUCGGUCUCAAAGACUUUCCCACGGCCACCAAUGAUUACUCCGUUUUCCUCUACCAAUGGGCCUUCGCUAUAGCGGCAGCUGGAAUCACCAGCGGCUCGAUCGCUGAACGGACUCAGUUCGUAGCUUACUUAAUCUACUCUUCUUUCUUAACCGGAUUUGUGUACCCGGUCGUCUCUCACUGGUUCUGGUCACCUGACGGUUGGGCCAGUCCGUUCCGUACCGAAGGUGAUUUGCUUUUUAGCACCGGAGCAAUCGAUUUCGCUGGCUCUGGAGUUGUCCAUAUGGUCGGAGGUAUCGCUGGACUCUGGGGUGCGUUAAUCGAAGGUCCAAGACUUGGCCGGUUUGAUAACGGUGGCCGAGCAAUUGCUCUGCGAGGACACUCUGCUUCACUUGUCGUCCUGGGAACGUUCCUCCUAUGGUUUGGAUGGUAUGGAUUCAACCCUGGUUCUUUUAACAAGAUCCUUGUGACGUACGAAUCAGGCUCCAUGAACGGCCAGUGGAGCGCGGUAGGACGGACUGCUGUCACGACCACUUUAGCUGGCUGCACUGCUGCACUCACAACCCUUUUUGGGAAACGUCUUCUCUCUGGACACUGGAACGUUACUGAUGUGUGCAACGGCCUCCUUGGAGGGUUUGCAGCAAUAACCGGUGGAUGCUCGGUAGUAGAGCCCUGGGCGGCCAUCAUCUGUGGGUUCUUGGCGGCCCUUGUCCUCCUUGGCUGCAACAAGCUCGCGGAAAGGCUCAGAUAUGAUGACCCACUUGAAGCAGCGCAGCUACAUGGGGGGUGCGGCGCGUGGGGACUGAUAUUCACAGCGCUCUUUGCUGAGGAAAAGUACUUGAACCAGAUUUAUGGUGCAAAGCCCGGAAGGCCGCACGGUUUGUUCAUGGGCGGUGGAGGGAAACUUCUUGGGGCUCAGCUCAUUCAAAUAGUAGUGAUCACAGGUUGGGUAAGUGCAACCAUGGGAACGCUUUUCUUCAUCCUCAAGAAAAUGAAACUGUUGCGUAUAUCCGCGGAGGAUGAGAUGGCCGGUAUGGAUAUGACCCGGCAUGGUGGCUUUGCUUACAUGUACUUUGAUGAUGAUGAGUGUCACAAGGCCAUCCAGUUAAGGAAAGUUCAGCCUAGAUCUCCUUCACCUUCUGGUGUUACUACCACUCCUGUUUGAUUUAGUAUUUUAUUUUUGUGGGUUGUGAUGAUUAUUAUCUUUGCUCAUUUGUGUUCUCUCUUGAGUUUUGGACGUUUUAUGCCGUUUUUCAUAAUUUACGAUAGUAAUUGGUAA